AGACUAAUGUUUAAUUUAAUCCAAUCAAUAUGGUUUAUUUCUAUGAUCUUUCUCAAUUCUAUAACAAAUCAAUUAAUCAAUAAAAUUCAUGUUACUAUGAUACAUGAAAAAAUGAUUUUUUCAAAUCAAUCAAUAAAUUAUAAUUAAUUAAAAUGAAUCAAUUUCUUCCAAUUAUAUUUGAUAAUGCCAUGGCAACAACAAUGAAUGAACAAGAAACUUUGAUUAUAAAGCCUCCAUUUCAAAUCUUCUAUUAUGGAUUACCUUUUACAUCUGUCGAAAUAUUGAUUAAUGGUAUCAUACGCCUGUCGAAUGAAUCCAAUUUAUCAGAAAAAGAUAGAAUAAUUAGAUCUUAUAAAGAAUUUAUGGUUGAUGAUGGAUGUAAUUGGAUGAAUAUGUAUCAGAUGGAAUUGAUUAAAGUUUUCAAUGGAAUACCAUUUGGGAGUACAAUAAAAACAAUAAACAAUGAUGAAUAUCUGGCAAUCCAAUGGUCUUAUUCCGGUGUACAUUCUAACAAUGAAAAAAAUAUUGAAGAUCAUGUUCAAGUGGUUUGUGUUUUAUAUGCCAACGGCAAUAUAUCAAUCUAUUAUAAAAAGAUUCCUAAUGCACUUGAAAACAAGGUAGACGGUUUAAUGCUUCGAGCUGGCAAAUUUACAGAAAUAAAUAACGAAGUAUAUUAUGAAGCUAAUGGGGAAUAUUUCACUGUUAUAAAGAUACCAUCAACUGUUGUAAAAUCUGGUACUUUGAUUGAAUACAGUCCACUUACAUUCUGUGAUGGAAUAGAUUAUGUUGAAAACAUUCCUGGAAACAUGAUGCAUUACAAGAACACCUCAAUUAACAUUAUGAGUGAUGUUGUUUGUCAAGAUAUUCAAAAUGCGAAGUGCCCAAUUAUUGGCUGUAAUGUAAAAGGUAUAGAAGUCUCCAACAAUGAAAGUACAUAUUCUACAGAGGUAAUAACAGAACAAACCAUAAACAAUCGAUUAUUACCAAAAACAUUUUCAUUAAUCAGUUAUGAACAGCAAUUAUUACAAUCUGGUCGAAAUGUUGAUGUUGAUUUGGUGAUGCGUCGUUUCACUAUCUCACUUUUAUUACCAUUUCUAUUGAUAGCUACAGUUUUAUGCAUUGCUUUUCCAUUAUUUUUAUAUAGAAGACGAGUACAUAGGAUGAUCAGUUAAAAUUACAAACGUCUAAGAAAUCAAACAUUCCUGGGAAUUUGGUUCUUUUUUUUUUAAUAAUUUUUUCUAAGAAUAAUCUCAAUUCAACAGACAAGGAUUGAGUACAGCUUUACUUUAAGUGUAAUCUUUUAUUAUCUAUAUAUACAUAUACAAUGGUGUAAUGUAAAAUCUCAUUGUGAAACGUUUAACAUUUGGUCUAAUCUAUUGUAAAGUUCAAUGAAUGUAUAUA